AUGAAUCUGAACUCUAAGUUGAACAGGAACAUCGCAUCAUAUAAUGAUGCAAUUGAAAGGUCAUGUCUCGAGGACAACAAUCUUAUUUACAUCAGACACAGGCUCCUAUCGGAAGAUAGGUCGUUGUACAAAACAGACGGCAUCCACAUCAAGCCUGACACAGGCGUCAGGCUUUUAGUGGCGGAUGUCAAACGUAUACUGCGGCAUCAACAAGAGGCUACACCUAGGAGUCAGGACCCAACAACACAGUACAGGAAACCAGGGAGAGCCGGUGCGUCUAACCGCAUACCAGCCGACCGACACCAGCCACCGCGUACCUGGCAGGAACCUCCAAGGACGACCGUGCAGCCUGACGGACGGCCUUCGCCAGGACACCUGCGGAUGCACCACAGGCCGUUGAGCAUUCCACCGCCGUUUCCCUGGAACCCGGCACCUCCAUCAGCGCCGCAGUGGAACCCCAAGACAGGGCCGACGUGGGUUGAGACCCGGGACAAGCGUCAAACCGUGGAAACACUUGUGAACAUGUUGACGGACUUCCUGAGACAUUAA